UCGGACAUUAUCGGAUUUCAUCCUGAAUGUAAACACGUGAAAUUUCAAGACGUUUCGUCUUCUCUUUUAUUUUUCUUAAUGAUGGAGAGAACAAAAGAAAUAAGAACACGUGUAGAGUUGAAAGAACACGGCCUUGAAAAUGUGCACAGUACAGACUUCCCAGGCUCUUACGAAGGCUAUGAUGACACGUGGAGUCAAGAAAAGUUUGAAAAGAAUUUCCGUAUAGAGAUUGGGAGAUCGACAGCAGAAGACCUGGAGUUUGACAUGAUAGGUAUUGAUGCAGCUAUUGCAAAUGCUUUCAGAAGGAUCCUCCUUGCAGAGGUUCCCACCAUGGCUAUAGAGAAAGUACACAUAUACAACAACACCUCUAUUAUACAAGAUGAAGUGUUAGCCCACAGACUGGGACUUAUUCCAAUCAAAGCUGAUCCUAGACUCUUUGAAUAUAAACAAGAUGCUGAUUCAGAGCCUACAGAAGAAGACACGAUACAGUUUGAACUGAAGGUGAAAUGUACACGUAAUCCACAUGUAAAAGAUGCCACAGAUCCUGAUGAACUCUACAAGGACCAUAAAGUCACAACAAAACAUUUAAAGUGGAUUCCUAUUGGUAAUCAGGCACAGAUAUUUAAAGAAGGAGACAUCAGGCCAGUACAUGAUGACAUUCUCAUUGCCAAACUCAGACCUGGUCAGGAGUUAGACUUGAAGUUAUUUUGUGUUAAAGGUAUUGGACAAGAUCAUGCAAAGUUUUCUCCUGUUGCUACAGCCUCAUAUAGACUGUUACCAGAUAUCACAUUGUUAAAGCCUAUAACUGGAGAGCUAGCAGUGAAAUUGCAGAGAUGUUUUUCUCCUGGAGUUAUUGAAAUUGACACUGUAGAUGGUGAGCAGAAAGCUAGAGUGGCUCAUCCUCGUAAAGAUACAUGUAGCAGAGAAGUGUUCAGACAUGAUGACCUCAAAGAUCUUGUAAAAUUGACCAGGGUCAGAGAUCAUUUUAUAUUCAGUGUAGAAUCAACAGGAAUCCUACCACCAGAGGUGUUGGUGUCGCAGGCAAUACAGGUGCUCAUGGCAAAAUGUAGGGACGUUAUCAGAGAACUGGAUGAUAAAACUGUUUAGUUUAUGAACAAAAAAAAAAAUCAGUUAUUAAAAAUGCAUAAAAGA